AUGCGGUUAAAGACGAAAACCAAAUACUUCGUUGUAACACGCAAUCUCGACUAUAGGACAGAGUUUUUAUUGGAAUACAAGUUUUCCCGGAAUGGCAAGGAAUCUGCUAUAUCACGUCGCCGCCCCAACAAUUUCAGGCUCACAGAAACUCGGAAGUUCCCAGAAAAUGAGGCUUGGGAUUGGUGGGAUAAUUACCGCUUUUUAGAAGAAGUAUUUUUUCUAGCUGCCAAAGAAAGAUACGGCUGCAAGUUUUUAAUAUGUGCUGCAUAUGCAGAUGAUGGGGACCAUGGAGUUUGGUAUUAUAUUGAUGAUUGGUUUAAGGACAGUCCAAGCGGGGUCUCUCGAUUAUGUCAGAGUAGGCGCAAAUUGUCUGAGAAGUAUGCUCUUUGGAUUUAA